AAAGUUCUCCUGCGCUUAUAUGGUGCAAUCCUGCAGAUGUGGCAGUGAAAUGACUGCUCUUGUUGGUGCAGUUCACUAAAGGUUAAGUAAGCAGAGAAAGUCCCAAGGUAAAACUUUCAGAUUGCAUUGAGGUUCACAAUUUUUGUCGACAAACAUUUGUCUCUUCCAGCCCCUCUACCUUAAAUGCAGGUUAAAAUAUAAGCAAACUGUUUUAUUGGGGUAUUUUGAAAACUUCACUUAGGAUUCUUAUGAAUUUCUGGGUGGCAUAAGCAGAAUCUUAUGACGAGCCUGUUAAGAUGGAGUAAUUUGAUAUUUUUUCAGUAAUGUUGCUUAAGUCUAAAGCCCUGUAGAAAUUAAGGGAUGCUGUUUAAGUUUUGAGACCUUAUGCUAAAAUUGUGACUUAAUUCUCAAUGACUUAAUUGUAACUGCCACUGGGUAUUAGUAGUUACCACUUGUUUGUUUGAGCCUUUGUAGCAUGUUUUAACUCUUGUCCAUUUUACUUUCUGUUGAAAUUGGAGCACAAACCAGUGAUAAUAUCUGCUCUUCUUAUUCCUUUACUAUAAAUACUAUAGAUCUAUAGCAAUCUGUACCAAAUUGUUGUACAUACCGAAGACAAGCUUAAGUUAAAUUUCUGACUAGAAGUGAGAAACAGAUACUGAUACUAAUGUAAGAGUGAAUGGUACUGGCACCAUAAUUCUUUAGAGCCACCUUUUAAAGGAACCUUCUUUACUGUUUGAAAAUAGCCCCAGUUUGCUUAUUAUGAAUCUUGGAAGACACAAAUGUCAGUACAUGAAACUCAUCCAAUAUAAACCAUGCCAGUUGGCUAAAGCUGCCACACAGGGAAGGCUUUGUGCCUUCCUCUGUCAUAGCUGAUGUGUUUAAGCCAAUUUUUUGUGUGCAUGACUGUUUUGGGGGGAGCUGGGGGGGAGCUGAACUGAGCUGGCUCGGCCAUUAUUAUGAAUGGUCGCACUGGCAUGGAUGUUUAAAAAUCAAGGACUUCUCUUGAGUAUAUCCUUGAGCAGAACUUUUUUUUUUUAAGACAAGUAUUUGUGCUUGUGACAGGUUAAAGUACUAACCACAUUAAAACUCAAAUGUUUGAGGCACAAUGCAGAUAUGUUUUACAUUGAAAAAUGGGAAAUGUCUUACUCUGCUUCACUUAUUCUUGCUCCAGCUUAGUUGCUAAAUUUAAAGGGGAGCAUUGAAAGUAAAACUUCCUCAUGUCAAACUGUCUUUAACUGUUGGCUAUUAUCAGUGUUAAAACAACUGAAACAAAAGGUUCUCCAACAAUAUGCCAUUUAAUGUCCAGACUUUAAGAUUGGAUUUCAUAUGCAGAUCACUGUAGUGUUUCUACUUAAAUUUAGAACAACCAAAACUUCCUGCAUCUUAGAAAUGCUGAUAGGAUUUCAACAUAAGAUAGCAUCCAAAAAUAAUUGAGGUGAAUUUCUUCAAAGCUCACCUAUCAAAAGGUAACUUGGGGAUUGAUUCCCAUUCUUUUACACAUGUCAAAAGAACCUUGAACUCUGAUUCACUGGGGCUUGUUACUUUGCAACAGCCAAAACAAAAUCUUAUAUAUAAAUGAGGAAAACCAAACCAGUAUAUCUAAUGUUCCUCUCUGGUCUCUCAAUUUCUCUGUGAGCAGAUGCAAAAUAAAUAUAAAUGGUUGCCACAGUUCUGUGGUAAAUCUCUUUCCAUACCUGCCUUGCUGCCUUUUAUUUAUUUGUAACUAAAUAAAAUGCAGACUGCUGUGUAACUGUAAUUAUCAACGUCUUCUGUGGUUGUUGGUGUCCAUGUCUGUUUGUAGCAUGGAGUAACUACAAAUCCCUGGCACUGGCAGACGGCUUGAAAGAAACCAAGCACCUCUUAUGGGGAUAUAUUUGUGUUGGGUGGAGUUAAGGGUAUUCUGGGGGUAAUGUACCACUUUAGUUGUAUAUGCAUGUGUUCUCUGCUGCAGGCUUGCCCAUGCGAUCGUGCCUAGAGCACUCUGGUUUCCAGGUGACAGACACGAUUCACGGUAUAGUAUGAGAUCUCUGAAGUCGGAGCAUUCUCUACAGCUUUCAUUUUCUUUAGUACUGGAUUUCAUUGUUUAAAAAUAAGGCUUAAGUAGCACCAGCUACUGUCUGUGCAUCUGAAUGUUUACAGCCAUAACAAAAUACCAAAAUACUGCCCCUUCCUUUCCUCUGCUCCCUCAUGAGAGAAUGGUAACUUGAAAUGAAGAGGAUUAGAGAUGUCUUUGUGGCUUUUGUAGGGAUUGAACCAGGAAUUAUUCUUCAUAUGCUAGGUUGUAGGACUUCAGCAAAUUAGUAUCAGUUGCUUCAGGUCUGGCAGGAAUCAGCGAUCAACGGCAGAUUCUUAGAAGUAGAAAUAGUGCUGAAUCUAAAACUGUUUGUCUUCCCAUACCUUGACAUUCAGAUCAAUGUCUUUCAAUAGCUUAUAGAAUUAAGAAAAGUUUCACCUGCAUAUGUUGCCUCUAACCUCUCAGAUAGUUCCUUGUAAUGUUGUAAUUCCUGGGGAUUUGAAUUCCUCAGGAUUUGCCUAAAUCAAAGUAUUUAUUGAAAAUUAUUAAAGCUAAAUACACUCAGAAAAAUGGAGUUAUAAUGUAAGAUUUAAAUCUGUGGGCAGCGCUAAGGAUUAUUUGUGAAAUAAAGGUGCAAGUUCCUCCUCUAUACAGGAUUUUCUGGCCAAGCAUCAUUUGGGAUUUUUUGAUACAGCUUUUCAUCUUCCAGCUACAAGAGAAAUUGGGGCAUUAGGGAGGAAGUGGUGAAGAACUCAAUUUUUGUGUCAAACUGCCAGAUGUAUAAACACUGUCUGGUCAUCUUCUGAUCACAGAUCAGAUAAUGUGCAAUGUCUCCCAUUCUAGGACUUUCAUCCUGUACCUGAAGCUUCCUGCCUUAAAAUCAAUUUACAUGAUCACAAAGUAGACUCUAUAACAACUUCUGUUGUCUCUGUGCAUACAGCUGUCCUCCCUUCCUAAAACUGUAGCGAGCUUUCUUAACCUGUUCUAAGAAUAAACCUUCCCACAGUAAAAGAAACACCGAACAACUAUUUAAAGAAAUAAUAAAGAUGUGGGACAUGUGUCCAUUUCUAGUUAAUAUUUCUAUGGGGAGUGAUUAAAAACCUCCAGCAGUUACUAGUCAUUCUCUUAUUGUGGAUAAUUAAAAUCUCCUCAUUGCUGUUGAGGUCAGUAGCUCCCAGAAUUGGACAUAAGUUGGAGUGAGCUGUUAGAGUGCAUGGUAAAAACAAAGUUUUGAUUGGUUUAGGUAAGAACACAAGUGAAAUAUGUAGCUCAAAUACCUCAUGGUAUGAGAUGUUUCACUUUGAACUACUGUUCUCAUAGGUGAUUGUGUGGUCAAAAAAUGAUCAAACCCUACCACUUUAACAUCAGUUAAACUCUUAAACUUCUGUUACAUAAAAUUGCAUCCUGCUUACUUCAUUCUCCUUGACCACAUGUACUGGUGACUUUACUAAUUCUAGGCUGAGCACAUGGCCACUUGUGAAGACUGAUCCUCUCCAAGCUCCCAUUCAUAUUUGCAAGUUAUUUACAAACUACUUUGUAUUCAUUCUCCUCUGGACACUAAUGCUCCAUGCUGAGGGAACAGAAAAGAGGAAGGGAUGCUGCAGAAGUCUCCUUUUCUAAUGACUCUGCAGUACACAUCCCUAACUGUCUCUUUCUAAUGGCACAGUAGAUGCCAUUAGACUAUCUCCAACACUAAUUUGAGGUGGACUCGUAGAACUGGCUAGCUCUUUAUGCAGUAUGACUUCUGGAAAGUGGAUGCCAGUUCAGGUUCUAGGGAAAAGCCUAAUCUGCUUACCUUCUGAUGAGCUGAACCAUUCUGAGAGCACCAUUAAUCAGGAAAGACUCCUGGAUGGUGAGUAACUUUCUGACUGUUCAAGAAAAAUCUGUAAGAUGCAAGAGUGGUAUUGAUGUAGGACAUGCCUGUUCAGAGAAGCCCUUUGUAAAUGACUUUAAUACUAUUGAGUAGUAAUGCAAUUAGCUUUAGUGAAUAUGUUUUGACUUUAUUAAUUUCCUUGAAAGGAAUAUAAACUAAUAGUAGUUUUCAUAUUGUCUUGUUUUAAACUUACUAUCAUAGUGGAAUGGGAAGUACUUGCUGAAAGACCAUCGAUUCAUGUUAACUAUACUUCUUCUAUAGCUUCUGAAAUACUGUAACUGCAUAGCUUGUGUAAAUCAUUAGCUUGUUGUACUGUACUUAAGGCAGCUGGUGUUGCUUAACUGUGUUCCAUUAAGUUCAUAUUUCCACCCUUGUUUUGGACAUGUUAGAGCUUUGGAACAGAACGGUAUGCACAUGGUUCUAUGAAUCAAGCGUUUUUGUUCAGAAGGUGGAGAUGCAGGCUACCUUUAUGGGCCUCUAAAGCUAGUCUGGUUUAAACAGUCAACGGUGGAAUUGCAACAUAAAUAGCAGCCACAAACUGUCACUAAUUCUAAGCAAAUAUUUGCUUUCUCUUCUCCUUACCUUCAAGCCCUUUAAAGGACAAGGUUUUUAUUACAUCUUGAAUUUUAAAUGUGCACUCUAUUAAAAGCAUGUGCCAUUGAAGGUUCAGUUGCUGAGGGUAUGGUUUGAUACUCUGAAACUGCCUUAUAAAGACUGUUAACAAUCCUAGAACAAUACAUUUUGCAUGGAAUUUGUUAAAGUUUUGCUAGUAUACUGCAGUUCUCACUGAGACAUCUUUACACGGGCAGCUCAUCUGAAGAGAAAUCUUGGAUUUACAUGGCCAGUGGGACAUUGUCCAUAUAGCCUAGACAGCAUGCUGUAAAUAAGGAUAUUCUAGUCACAAGAAAAUUGGAAAAUAAGGUAAUGGAAAAAGAGCAAGUGCUUUGCAAGCUUCAUAACAUGCCUCUUGUAAUAGUCCUUGUAAGGCUUUGAUGUACUCUCUGUAAUGUAUCUCAAGUGCUUUAGCUGUAAGAAGAAUAUCCCAGAUGUCAUGCAGAGGGACUUAAUUGUCUCUUAAUUAAAAAUGUUCCUCUAAGCUUAUCAUACAUUCAAAUCUUCCUUUGAAAUACUAGGAAACAAUAAAAACAUACCUGAAAAAUCAGCUCUCAGGCUAUUUACAGGAGUGGCUUUGUCUCAGUGGCACAUCCUUUUGAAAGACUUUGGGACUGUUGAAAUAGUGUGGUGGUCAGGUCAGAUGGAUACUAGUGCUGUAGCUGUCACAGAUCAAGACAGUCUUGAGACAUCUAGUUAAUUGUAGCUGGCACUUCUACUCCCUUUGUUCUGGUGGUUGCAGAUUAAUCAUGUUAAAUUUCAUCUUCUCAUUGUGUUUGCUUUUUCUCAUUCAUAGAGGUCCUGUAAUAAAGGAGAGUCUGUACAGUCUCAGAAGGAAAAUGACUUGCAAGGGGCAGAAGCCAUGGUUCUGGAAAGUGUUAUGUUUGCCAUUCUUGCAGAGAGAGCUCUUGGCCCAAAGCUGUAUGGAAUCUUUCCACAAGGGCGACUGGAGGAAUUCAUUCCCAGCAGGAAACUAAGUACUGAAGAACUAAGCUUACCUGACAUAUCUGCUGAAAUAGCUGAGAAGAUGGCUAGAUUUCAUGGCAUGAAAAUGCCAUUUAAUAAAGAACCUAAGUGGCUUUUUGGAACAAUGGAAAAAUAUCUAAAUCAAGUGCUGAGGAUUAAAUUUACCAGAGAAUCCAGAACUAGAAAACUGAACAAACUCCUCAGUUACAAUCUCCCCCAGGAAAUGAAAAAUCUAAGAGCUAUGCUUGAAGCUACCUUCUCACCGGUUGUAUUUUGCCACAAUGACUGUCAAGAAGGUAAUGUCUUGCUUCUGGAAGGCAGAGAGAAUUCAGAAAACCAAAAGCUGAUGCUCAUUGACUUUGAAUACAGCAGCUAUAAUUACCGAGGAUUUGACAUUGGAAAUCACUUCUGUGAAUGGAUGUAUGAUUACACAUAUGAGAAGUACCCAUUCUUCAAAGCAAGUGUUCUUAGAUAUCCUUCAAAGAAGCAACAGCUUCAUUUUAUCUCCAGUUACCUGUCUGCAUUCCAUGAUGGCUUUGAAAAUCUGAGCAAUGAAGAGAAGUCCAAACUAGAAGAAGAAGUGUUGAUAGAAGUUAACAGGUUUGCCCUUGCAUCGCACUUCUUCUGGGGUCUGUGGUCGAUUAUACAAGCAAAGAUCUCAUCCAUUGAGUUUGGUUACCUGGAAUACGCAUUAUCCAGAUUUGAUGCGUACUUUGAUCAGAAGAGGAAGCUGAAGGUGUGAAUGUGGGAGGAGUGGCCUGUUGGUUACUGUACGAAGAGGGCAGCUGGACAGAACUUACACUGUGCUUAGGCUACUGUAUCUCUAACGAAAGUGUCACUGGAUUCCAGUUCCUUGGAAUGCAGGUGUACAGUACUGAAGACUGUAUAAAAAUGACUUGUUUACAGUUUCGUAAAUACUUGGAAUGAGAUUGGGAGGCAAACGUAAAACACAACAGUGCAAUAUCUUUAAAUCUUUUUGAUCUAGAAGGUAUUUUGUAUUAUGGGAGAAGCUUACAAUUAAGUGUCAAUACCACAUGCAUCAGAGCAAACAGUGUUACUGUGAGUACAUUUCCUAGGGGGGGUGUUGGUAUUAUGGUUUGUUGUAAGCGGUGCAGUUGUAAAAGGUGAUUCACUGUAGACACUGCCUCUUAAGGAGGAGGAAAAGCGAAGGAGACAACUGUUAAACUGUGAAGUAGGCUUAAAAUCUUACUGUGAGAUUAGGUUCAACAUGCCCCACGAACACUAUCUUCAAAGCUGCUGAUACGUUACACCACUUAACCAUAAAGCAACUAAACAUGCUGAAGCAGUUAUGCCUUCAGGUGUUAACCUACACAUACAUGAAUGUUUCUCUUAAGCUGGUGUGCCUGUGAAGUGAAGUAUGAAUGAACUUUGAACUGGACAUUCUGAAGGAGUUUGUCUUGAACUGUUCAUUCCAUGUCCUUAAGAACAUGCUUUAGCCCAGCCCGGUUGUCUCGCAACGCUGUCCCCUGCGCAGGGCGCUCUGUGGGCUGGCAGCACUGGGCAGAGUGCCUUGAAUUGCUCUAGCAACUCCCCAGGUAACUGGAUUGGCAUUGACAAUACUUGUAACUGGAGCCCACCUCUCUUGUGUUGCCACAGUGUAUGGCUGUAAGAAACAGUAGAGCCAAAGACUGUGGAGAACACUUCAGGAAAUUGCUGUUCUGCCCAUCCAAUGCUUAAUGUGACUUGGGAGGUGCUUUUCUGGCACCUUCAGUUUUCAUCAUGUCCCAGCAAUCCAGUAAAGUGGAGUGUCUUGUGGGGAACAAUAAUGUGUAUAUUGAAACUUGAGUAUAAUCUGUGUACAUGUCAUCUACAGAUUUCUUUAGAUUUUUGGGAGCUCAUUUAUUUUGAAUGUUAUUUGUUUGUGCUUUCUAACACACUGUAUUAUAAAUAAUAAACUUCUAAGUCUACCCUUUUUCACUUGUAUAGCAAAUACUGUUUCAAGCAGCUGAAAAAAUGUGCAGCAUUUCAUGUAUGGUAUCACAUAACUUGUAAGAGCUGUCAUUUUAUUCUCUAGUAUAGAGAGUCAUUUUCCAUACACUCAAUUAUGAAUACUUUAUAAUAAAUAUAAAGCACUUAAAAACA